UGCAGCGGCGGAAUCCAAUGGACGCCUUCGACACGAACCGGAGGAGACAAUCGACUGCGAUUUAGUCUGAAAAACGGAAUUUAUUUAAUCGAAUGUGUAUUUAAAGUCCAUAUUUUCUCGGCAGCCGGUACCUGCCGCCCUUCCUGUGCCCUUUAACCCGCUCUGAUCCGCCKUUAACGGCGUCUGUCCGGCCUUGUUUAUACUCCACAGCCCGGGCCGGAUCAGGGAAGCAGGCCCCCGGCGGUCCUGUGCCAGUCUGUCCGCCGUUUGGGGAUUGGCAGUGUGGUCUGCGCGGAUCGGCUCUUUGGCUCACCAAAGAACAUGAACCAGAUGCAACAAUGACGUCAAGAUUUGGUAAAACCUACAGCCGUAAGGGAGGAGAGGGUAUGUCCAAGUUCGACGAGGUUCUGUCCACCAAGAGAGGCACACUCAGCACCAAAUGGGGCGACACCACCUACAAGGCUAAGGUGGGCUCCAAGCGUGCCGGCGCCCCCAAGGACGACUCGGCCCCGGAGGUUUGCAAGAGGCCCCGAGCCUCGGGGGACGGCGUGGACGACCCGUUCGGGUUCGACAGCGACGAGGAGUCCAAACCGGUGUCAUCCCGGGUUGGCAGCAAGUCAUCACCCGCCAAGCCAUCUUCAGCAGAGCCCCCGCAGGCGGAGAGGCCGGGCGUGUCGUUGGGCGCAGGGAGCAGGUCCGUUUUUCAGGGAGCGUCCGACUUUGUGGCGGCGGCGGCUCCUGGGACGUCGUGGCCACCUGCUGACAGGAGUGAGCCCAGGAUGGUGGAGGACACGGCUCGGUUCUUUAACAGCAACUCUACUGGCACAGGAAAGUCCAGGCAGAGCCCGUCCUCGUUAGACACCCAGCACAGCUACCUGUGGUACCAAAACGCCUCCGACAGCGACAAGAAGCCCCUGGCUCAGACCACCACCCUGAAGACCGGGCCCAAGGCGGAGUCCACCUACGACUCCUGGGACGUCAUCAUGGGACUGCGCCCGCCGUCCCCCACCCAGGAGCCCCGCAGGCCGGCUCCUACGCUCGCCUGGACUUCGCCGGGCUUUUCCGCAGGCGGUCAGGACCCUGUGCGGACCCGGCCUGAGAAGCCCUCCUCUCCUCUGCGUCUCUCCAGUGACGACAACGACCUGACGAUGGAGUCCGACCUCAUCGAGACGACGGGUUUCUCCCAGACGUCCACCUCACUGUCGCAGGAAAGGAACUCGAACUGUCGGACGUACAGGAGACCCACCAAACAGGGUUCAGGCAAAACCUCAGACUCAAACAGCUUUUCCAGCGUCGCUGUUGGAGCAGAUCUGUUCAAACCCACAACUGAUGCUAACAAUACCAAAAGCRGCGGCGGAGGAGGGAGUCGUGGCAGGACGAGGGACUACACAGUGCUGCACCCCUCUACCAUGAACAUGUGCAACGUCACCAUCCAGGGCCGGCCCGUGGAGGAGACAGCCCCCGCCAGUGACGCCGGCGGUACCGCCUCRGGCAGCACGACGCAGCUGGGAGAUCAGGGAUGGCAGCGGAGGAAGACGGAAGCRCAAAAUACCAAGUCCAGGCAGACCCAGUCCAAGUCAAAGAGGGACGGUAAAAACGACCUGUUCGGUUUCGACGACACCACCUUCCACCAGGAGGAGAACAGCACCGACGGCUCUGACGGCAGGUCCACGUACAAAAUCCAGUACUUCGGCUUCGACGACAUGAGCGACAGCGACGGCGCCGAGGAUGACUCCGGCGCCAAAGAAAGGAGGAAGGCCAAGAAGGCCAUGGCCUCCGAAAUCACCUCCUCGGGUACGUYGGAGGAAACCCCGGCUGACGACACGCCGGAUCCCUUCGAGAGGCUGGAGAGUCGGGAUUGGCCCAUAGCCAAGGAGAGGAAGAAGAACUCCGAGAGGCCGGAUCUCAAAAGACGAGCAGACGUCCUGGACUUCUCUGAGGAGGGUCUCAAAGUGUUGGCCAGCGGUCCCAGGAGACCACCUCAGAGCAAACCGGCCGAGAAGAACCCGGACACCUUCAGGAGGAUCUUCAGUGCACAUAAGAAGUCUCCCACCAAAGCUGUGUACAACGCCCGACACUGGACCAUGGAGAGCGAAGAGGAGCCGCCGCCGCUCUUCUCCCGAUCACACGCCGCUCCUGCAUCCGUCUCCACAGGUGGCUCYGGCAAGGAGACGGCAGACCCUCAGAAGGACGACGGUGUCUUUAAGGCUCCUCCACCUCCUCCUAAAGUCGUGAAGUGUGUCACCGUCCCCACAGACCCCUGCCAGGACACCGUCACUACACUCAAGUGUCACAGAGAACACAAGGAGCUGUACACGGUGGUCCAGCACGUGAAGCACUUCAACGAYGUGGUGGAGUUUGGAGAAAACCAGGAGUUUACCGAUGACUUUGAGUACCUCGCUACUGGUUUGAAGACGGGACAGCCGCUAAACACACGAUGCCUCAGUGUGAUCAGCCUGGCGACUCGCUGCGCCAUGCCCAGCUUCAGGAUGCACCUCAGGGCCAGAGGGAAGGUGGCUCAGGUCUUCAAAACGCUGAACGACGCCCCGCAGCACCCGAACCUAGCUCUGUGCACGGCGUCACUCAUGUACAUCCUGAGCAGGGACAGGCUGAACAUGGACCUGGACCGGUCCUGCCUGGACCUGAUGAUCCGCCUCCUGGAGCUGGACCAGGAUCAGGGAGGCGGGGCGGCGCCGGGGGCGGACUCCAGCGUUCAGUUCAGCGCCAGAGAACUCGCCAAGAUCAAGGAGAAGAUCAGGAAGCUGUGCGACACCGUGCACAACAAGCACCUGGACCUGCAGAACAUAACGACGGGACACUUGGCCAUGGAGACGCUGCUGUCUCUGACCUCGAAGCGAGCAGGAGACUGGUUCAAGGAGGAGCUGAGGCUGCUGGGAGGACUGGACCACAUCGUGGACAAAGUGAAGGAGUGCGUGGACAGUCUGAACCACGAGGAGGAGGAGAAGCUGGGCUCCUCGCUGUGGGGAGCUGAGAGGUGUUUACGGGUGUUAGAGAGCGUGACGGUUCACAACCCGGAGAACCAGAGUUAUUUAAUCGCCUACAAAGACUCAUCGCUCAUCAUCUCUUCUGCAAAAGCUCUGAGGAGGUGCGAGGGGAUGAUCCAGCGUUACAGCCGGGGGGUGAACUUGGACCGGGCCGUGGUGGGGACGGCUGUGGAGAACUGCAUGAGGGCCAUCAUCGGGGUCCUGCUCAACCUGACCCACGACAACGAGUGGGGCAGCACGAAGACGGGCGAGCAGGAGGAUUUAAUGGUGACGGCUCUGAACUGUGUCCUGAAAGUCCCCCAGUUCCUCCCUCAGGAGCAGAGGUUCGACAUCAGGGUUCUGGGUCUGGGUCUGCUCAUCAACCUGGUGGAGUACAGCGCCAGGAACCGGUACUGUCUGAUGGAGAUGGAGAUGGAGGGGGGUCAGGGUCCCUGCGACUCCACCGUCCUGCUCAACCCGCCGCCCCAGGACCCRAGCGGCGGCGCGGGGCCUCUGAGCGCCAUCGCCGCCCUGGUUCAGCUCUUCCUGCAGCGGGAGCGAGCCGCCGUCCUGGCCGAGGCGCAGACCGAUGACCUCAUCAAGGAGACCCCCAAGGCGGCGCAGGACCAGAGCGGGCAGUGGCAGGAGACGGGCGGCGAGAUCCAGUGGGUCGCCAACGACGAGACGGAGAAACAGGAGGACGUGCAGGAGAAGAAGGAGGACGAGGAGGACGAGCCGCUGGACCUGAACAAAGCUCUGCAGCACGCAGGGAAGCACAUGGAGGACAGCAUCGUGGCCUCGUACACCGCUCUGCUGCUGGGCUGCCUGUGUCAGGGGAGCCCUAUGAACGUGACUACUGUGAGAGAAAACCUGCCCAAAGGAGACUUCUCCAUCAUGACGGAGAUGCUGAAGAAGUUCCUGAACUUCAUGAACCUCACUUGUGACGUCGGCACCACGGGACAGAAGUCCAUCUCCCGGAUCAUCGACUACCUGGAGCACUGCUAGAGACACACACACACACACACACACACACACACACACACACACACCUUCAUCUUCCUCAUCCUCCCGUUAAAGGACCUCCAUGUGAUCGAUAAUUUCAGUCCCACUCAGUAUUUUAGUUCUGGAUCAGUUCUGGUGGACCUCCUCCUCCUGGUGGACCUCCUCCUCCUGGUGGACCUCCUCCUCCUGGUGGACCUCCUCCUCCUGGUGGACCUCCAUCCUGGUGGACCUCCAUCCUGGUGGAUCUCCGUCCUGGUGGACCUCCUCCUCAGCACCAGAGUGAAGACUCCGUCAUCAGCAGAACAAUCGGAGCCGUUAAAGAACCUUAAAUGAUUUUAUUCUUUAGUCUGUUUGACUCUGUUCUGUUUCUGACCUCCUGGUUCUGAGGACAGGAGGCUUUGUGGGUCAGAACCAGAGGGACGCAUCAGAACCUGCAGCAUGUUGUCAAGUUAACACCUGGAAAUGGGAUUGGAGGGGGUCAUUUUUAUUUUUUAUUCUUGCUCAUCCUGAGGACCCCAAAACACAAAAACAUCUCUGCUUCCUUCAAGAACCGACCCGACCGGGCCAGGGUCCACCGGGUCAGGAUCCACUGGGUCAGGAUCCACCGGCCCUGUGAACCGGAUCGGUUAAAUCWGAGCUGGAAGCUCUAAAGUCUCUGCCUGAUCUGAACCCGUUUCAGAAAUAAAUUGUGAAGACUUUUAUUUUGAAAAAAAAAAAUCUUCCAUGUUUUUCAUGUUCCUGUAAGAUUUCAGUCCUUCAAAAAUAAAAGCUCAAGAUUUAA